AUGAUUACCGACAACCAGCUUUAUUCCCUCGCCAUUUUCUUAGGAAGCGCUGCCAUGUUCCUGAUCGUCCUAUACCAUUUCCUCGAAGUCAACUCCGAGGAUCACAAGGCAGAAGAGCAGCCAAAAGUCGCAGCACGGAAAGUGAAGGCAUAA